AUGGUCAGCAGUUUUUUUUUUUUUAACAUUUCAACUGUAACCAGAUUUGAACACCCAGCCGGUGGGUACAAAAAGAUCUUUGAGACAUGCGAGGAGCUUGCCGAGCCUCUUCCUGCAACAGUUAUAGGGAGAAUUCCUUCCUUUCUGAGGGGCAGUCUUCUGCGUUUGGGUCCCGGUCUUUUCGAGGUGGGGGACGAGCCCUUCUAUCACCUCUUUGAUGGACAGGCGCUGAUGCAUAAGUUUGACUUCAAGAAUGGACAAGUCACCUAUUUUCGCAAAUUCGUCAAAACGGAUGCUUACGUGCGGGCCAUUACAGAGAAGCGAGUGGUGAUUACUGAAUUUGGCACUUUUGCUUAUCCCGAUCCCUGCAAAAACAUCUUCUCCAGGUUUUUCUCCUACUUCAAGGGUGUGGAGGUGACCGACAACUGCCUGGUGAACGUCUACCCGGUGGGCGAGGACUUUUACGCAGUGACUGAAACCAACUACAUAACCAAAGUGGAUCCUGACACCCUGGACACACUGAAAAAGGUGGACAUGUGCAACUACAUCAACAUAAACGGCGUGACGGCACACCCCCACAUUGAGAGGGAUGGCACUGUGUACAACAUUGGGAACUGCAUGGGGAAAGGAGCCACUCUGGCCUACAACAUUGUCAGAAUUCCGCCUACACAGAAAGACAAGUCCGACCCCAUCGAGAAGUCUAGGGUAGUGGUGCAGUUUCCCAGCGCUGAGAGGUUCAAGCCCGCCUAUGUGCACAGCUUUGGAAUGUCGGAAAACUACUUCGUCUUUGUGGAGACGCCGGUCAAGAUCAACUUGUUGAAGUUUCUGAGCGCCUGGAGCAUCCGAGGCUCCAACUAUAUGGAUUGCUUCGAGUCCAACGAGAGUCAAGGGACUUUGUUCCACAUUGCCAAGAAGAAUCCAGGAGAGUACAUUGACCACAAGUUCAAGGGCGCACCCAUCGGUAUGUUCCAUCACAUCAACACCUAUGAAGACAACGGCUUUGUUGUGUUCGACCUGUGUGCCUGGAAGGGUUUCGAGUUCGUGUACAACUACCUGUGGUUGGCCAACCUGAGGGCAAACUGGGAGGAAGUGAAACGGGCGGCAAUGAUAGCCCCCCAGCCAGAGGUCCGCAGAUACGUCAUUCCCCUGGACGUCCAUAAGGAGGAGCAAGGGAAAAAUUUGGUGAGCUUGCCUUACACCACAGCCACAGCAGUCAUGCACGCCGAUGGGACCAUCUGGCUGGAGCCUGAGGUGCUCUUCUCUGGGCCUCGCCAGGCAUUUGAAUUCCCGCAGAUCAACUAUGAAAAGUACGCAGGGAAAAACUACACUUACGCCUACGGCCUGGGUCUCAACCACUUCAUUCCAGACAGGAUCUGUAAACUGAAUGUAAAGACCAAAGAGACCUGGACUUGGCAAGAACCGGAUUCGUACCCCUCGGAGCCCCUCUUUGUACAGACCCCCGAUGGUCUCGAUGAGGAUGACGGCGUGCUUUUGACCAUCGUGGUCGCCCCCGGUUCCCAGAGACCAAGCUACCUCCUCAUCCUCAAUGCUAAGGACCUGUCGGAAAUCGCCCGAGCCGAAGUAGACUGCACCAUCCCUGUCACCUUCCACGGCAUGUACAAGGCCUGA